GCGCCGGCAGCAGCGAUGGCGGCGGCGGCGGCGCUGGGCGGGCUCGGCCUCUUGCGCGCCCGGCUCAGGCUCGCAGUCGCAGCCGCCGCGACCUCCGCCGCCCUCGGCCGAACCGGCCACCGCGCGCCCCCGCUGCGCGGAGGCGUCGCCGCCGCCAGUGUCCCCUCGGCCGGGAGGAGCUACGGCUCUCAGGCGAAGGAAGAGGAGGAGCUGCGCGUCCGGUACCUGGAUGAUGAGCACAAAGGAAUUGUGGUGCUUGGAUUAAACAGAUCUCAUGCCAAGAAUGCACUUAGCAAAAAUCUUGUAAAAAUGAUGUCAAAAGCUGUGGAUGCUUUGAAAUCUGAUAAGAAAGUACGAACUGUUGUAUUCCGGAGUGAAGUCCCGGGGAUAUUCUGUGCUGGUGCUGACCUUAAGGAAAGGGCAAAAAUGCACUCAAGUGAAGUUAGUUCUUUUGUCUCCAGAGCAAGAGCAACUAUUAAUGAAUUGGCUAAUCUGCCUGUACCUACUAUUGCUGCAAUAGAUGGAACUGCCUUAGGUGGUGGCCUAGAACUUGCGUUAGCCUGUGAUAUACGGGUGGCAGCAUCUUCUGCUAAAAUGGGCCUAGUUGAAACAAAGUUGGCGAUCAUUCCAGGUGCAGGGGGGACACAAAGAUUACCUCGCACAAUUGGAGUGUCAUUGGCAAAAGAACUAAUCUUCUCUGCACGCAUUGUAGAUGGGACCAGUAGCAAUGAGAGUUGCAAAACUGGCUAUCAAUCAGGGAAUGGAGGUCGACUUAGUAACAGGUUUAGCAAUUGAAGAAGCUUGUUAUGCUCAGACUAUCCCAACAAAAGAUAGAAUUGAAGGCCUUCUUGCAUUUAAGGAGAAGAGACCUCCUCGCUACAAGGGAGAAUAAAAGAAUCUGAUGCCUUUAAAAUACAGGGGGAUAAAAGUACUUCUAUGAGGACCAUUAAGGUGCACUUUGCAUCCACACCUGGAAUAUCACAAUCACCAAAGUAACAGCAAAUCAUACAGAUGUUACAACAUUUUGAAUGUGUCCAUACUUGUACAAAGCCAAGACAGAAAUAUGUGUCAGCUCAUGCUCAUUACAGUUUCUGAUGGUUGAUCUGUGUAAUGGCAAAGUCACAGGUUCAUGCAGCAUUUUUAAAAUUUCACAUGUAUGAAACAUACCAUUCCACAAUUGAAAAAGCUCUGUAAUUCUUUACAUAGACAAAAUGUAUCUGUGAUAUGAAGCAUAAAUCUGCUAUAUCAUUUGAUCAAAACAAAAGCAACUACCGAACACCAAAAAUAAGAAAUUGUACCAAAUAUGCAUUUAAAUGAUUCUGUAUGUCAGUAAAAGUUAUAUUUGAGUAUUCUAUCUGAAUAUCUAUAUUAUUAAUAAAGCUAGGGGAAAUGAAAAGGAUUAUAAUUUAGAAAAUGUUAACCUUUGUUUAUCUUAUUUCCUCUAUCCUAAGAAAAAUGAAAAUCACUUUAGCACUUAAUGGUGUCCUUUUGAUAAAGUUGUUGCCAUUAUAUUCAUUUAAUUGUAUUAAAUAAAGACAUUUCUGAGGCCAGCCUUUAAUUACACAUUCUUGUAUGUUAAACCUGUCUUUGUCUUGCAUUUUUCCAACAUAUAAUCUGAUCAACACUGUAAUGGAACUUUAUUUCAUUUGCCCCAGUUAUUUUAAAUUUUUUAUGAUUGUAUUAAAGAUGGUUGUGCGGGGAUAUGACCAAUGUGCUGUAAUAGAACCUAGAAUUAUCUUAAUCUCCAGAAUAUUCCUUUUGCAAGUUUUAUGAAUGUAUAUUUAUAUACAACAGAGAUGAUGGUGAAAGGUUCUUUAUUUUGUGUUGGCCUCAGAGUUCUUUUCAUGCAUUGCAAGAGAAAUGCAGUAGGUUUCAAGGUAAGAAAAUUUGUGAUUCAUACUGUGUAUUUGCAGUGGAUGCAGCAUAUAUAGCAAAUGUCUGGAAAUAACCUCGUAGAAAGUAUUUUUGUUAAUUUGACUGGAAAAUAAACAUGGCUUCGCAGUCCAAGGCUGUCUUUUUAUAUGAAAACAAAUUUAUUCCUGCUGGGUUACCAUUGGCUCAUGAAACUUGUGCAUGCUUUGCUGUUUCUGCAACAUUAGCUAUGGUCACUGUCCAUAUCUAUGAUGAUAAAGCAGCUCAUCAACAUGAAAUGACAAGAACUCAUUUAAAUUCAUAUUUAGACAUAUCAUUACAUGUAAAUUGAUUAUAACUGGUAGAGCUCACACUUUGUUGACUGGUAAAUUUGCUGAGUCGAUCAUUUCUUGCACAAUAAUUUGCAAAUAAAGUAUUGGUACUUGUUUUGAUAGUUCUAUAAA